GUAGUUUUAGUUUUAGUUUAUUAUUUAACUUAAGGAGAAUUAAACAUAACUAAUUAAAUAACAUAGCUGUAGCGGCAAAUCUAUUAUAAAAGUUCUUCAUGUUAUGUAACGGAGAAAUAGAAAGGCAUAUAGUUUGUCUCAUAUAGCCUGUAAAAGACGACACUGAAAUACUAUAACUUAAAUAGAAUUACACAAUGCAGGAUUUUAUAUUAAAGUUGUAUGGUACGGAUGAUGAUAAUCCAAUUUCUUUGCUUGCGCGAAGAAUGAAAGUACCCCUGAUUUUCGGCUUUGGCUGUGGAUUAGUAAUUCAAGCUUCAAAAGGUAUACUUGAAACCCCUGCCACAUUUGGAAGAAUUCUACAUACAUCAUUACCCAUCUGUGGUAUAGGUUUUUAUUAUCUUAGUGGUACUUAUAUAGCAGAACGUAUAAGGGGAAGAAGUGGUCCAUUUAAUGAUCUAAUAGGAGCAUAUUGUACUUAUCCAUUGCUUCGAAAAUUUCUACCUUUGAGUGCUAGUGUGGCAGUAUUAUUUUUUAUUAGUUUACCUUUAUAUGUAUUAGCACGUGGAUUUAAAAUUAAUGAAGCUAGAACCAGCUUUGAAAGAGCUGCGAGUUUUGGAAUACAAAUGACUGGUUAUGACAUUAAUUUGAUGUUACAAAAGAAGCCAUCAGAACCCUUUGUUAAGCGUGAUUCAUAUAAUCCAUUUACAAUUCCUUCCAACUAAAGCAAUUAUAAAUUGAAUAUAACAUGUAGUCACGUUUAUUGUAUAUUUAUUCAUAUAUAAUUUCAAUAAAUACAAAAAUUCUGAACUAUGA